ACGCAUGCCGCCGCGGCCGAAAAGCGCGUAGGACACGGUGCGCCCCUAGCGGCGGACCGUGUAAGUGACCCUCGCGGAAAUAAUUAUCGCGAUUUAUGUUAUUUGCAAAUGUGAUCCGGGGGUUUAAUUAAUUAGGCGAUGCCGAGUAGCGGCGACUGACAACGACGGACGGGCUCCUGGGGCCAUCCGGCCACGUCGUGAGUGGAGUGGUGCAGCGGCGGCCGCGGCACGGGGUGAGUGGCCACGUCCGAGAGAGUAAUGAUAAUGGACCUGGCGGAAACUAUGAAGAACAUUGUUGCUAAAGGUAUGCAAACUGAAAUGGGUCCACCGGGUGGAGGGUCAGGCUACUCUGCGACACCGAGCAGUGCUGGUUAUGUCACGGAGAAGAUGUACCUGCUGUUGCAAGCAUACUUGCAAAACAAAGGGUGGAAUCCUAGUAUCGAGUUACUACAAUGCUUCUCGGAAUUCAAGGAUGCCUCCAUGAUGCCAAGCGCUGCUUAUUUACAGAUGAUAGCAUCUAGAGUUGCAUUGGAUUCACAAGGAAGACUCGUUCUUAGAGAGAAUGGCAAGAUCAUAUUACCCUAUGAACAUUUUGCCAAUGCGGUGAUGUUGAAACAUAUGAAUGGACCGCAUGGUCUGCACUUGGGUUUGGAGGGUACAGUUAGAGCAGUCAUGGAGUCCUAUACCAUCGGAAGAGAAUGUUUUGGAAUGGAGAAGGAAUUUAUCAUAGAAGUCGUGCAAAAUUGCCCUAAUCCCGCUUGUCGGUAUUAUAAAAACCAAUUGGAACUCAGUCAGAAGAUGGGUCACAUGGCACCGACUUAUAUUCAGGAAAAUGAAGCGACUGCAUCUCUUUUGCGUUCUGGGUUUCCACAUAGUACAGAUUUCCAGACAAGCCUAAGCAGUGCUAAUCCAAAUACACAUAUGGGAGGAGGAUCCGCAGCGGAUUUACCAGAGAUGAGAGGUGCUGGCAAUCAGAUGAAUCUUCAACGUCCUCCAAGCCGUCCGUCAUUAAAUAUUCCACAUCGGCCUGUAUCGCAAGAGAAAAAAGUGCCAUCGGGCAAGCAGCAUUACGAAUCUCUAAUACCUAAUAUACCAAUCUCCGAUCACAAGUUGACGGAUUUUUUACGCACCAAUCUGGAUAACUUGGACAAUCUCACUUCUCUCGGUUUAGGAAACUUACAAGGAUUAGGAAACGCCAAUAAGGACUUGCUGGCGCUACACAACGGUGCAUGGCCUCUAGAGGGAGAAAAGGGAUCCCGGUCAUCAUCUACGAAUUCGGAAGGUGGUCAAGAAAAAAUAGUGCGUGCUUUCGCAGAAGUGAUGAAAAACAUGGCAAGGAUGAAAGCUUGCGUACGACCGGCAAUGUGCAAGCCGUACGGCAAACAAUCCGAGGCUUUACAAAAAACACUGGUCGAUACAAUUCAGCUUGUACAAUCGUUGAGAAGCUUCUUGCCACCUCCACAUAUACCAGUCUCGAGCUGGAAAAACGAAGAUAAACACCGAUUAGAUCACAGCAGUACCCCUUAUCUGUCAACGUUAAAGGCUGGCGCGAUAGAAGAAUUGUGCGAGCAGCGUAAAUUAGACUAACCGUCAUCUUCGCUUUACUUGCGACAGACCAAGUCUCGUCUUUUUGCGCUCUAUGAUGUUCUAGUCACAAGAUGUUUAUUGAUUAGCUGGGUGUUUCGUAUCUAAACAACCCGAUGGAUUGCUCAAAAAAAGUUGUUGGCGUUUAGGACUUCAAAUACUAAGAGACAAAAUGAGUCAUGCGUGGACUGUGAUAAACGUGGGUAGCGAGAAAAAAAGAUUUAUAUGUAGGGCUAAACUCACACCGUGUCAUCUUAGAGAUUCUUACUAGCUUUAUUUCAUCGCUGUAAUCUAAUUUCAUAUUGUAAUUGUUCUUGAUCUGCCUAUGGUGCUUAUUCGGUGAAUAAUCUCUCGAUCUAAUCUCACGUUACCGAAAAAGAUAGUGAUUUAAUUAUUAGAUUAAUAAAUUAUGUAGGUAAUAUUCGAC